CUUGCCUUUGGGAUCCUUUAGGCUAGCAGACUAGAAGUUGUGCAGCCCAUGGCGUUUCAGAUACUUGUUGCAUCGACCCUUCUGCUUUGGCCAACCAGGAGCGAGGAGCCCCCGUGUGCACAUGGCCAACGGUAUGCAAAGAAAGGUAACCCAGAUAUGACCAAUGUGGCGGAUUCAUACGAAUGCAGAAAAGCAUGUGGGCGAAGUCCCGACUGCAAGUUCUUCAUGUAUGACCAGGGCACGAUGGACUGCUGGCUCUUGGGUGAGGAUUCUGACUUCGAAGACGCUCCUGGUACCAUCGCUGGGCCCUUGAGUUGUGACUUGGACAAGACCUUCUCAGACUACUUGGAGCUUGAAGAGAGCGACAAGGAGAAAACCAAGCGAAUCACCGGCAUCAUCCAGAAUUUGGCGAAGCUGGUUCUUGAUCACGACUACAGAGAUGAAUUAUUCCACUCAAUGGUGACGUUGGCCACCAAGUUUGCCAACUUAAAAAGCGAAGAUCUUGCCAGCGUGGACUACAAUGAGGUCAUGGAGAUUGACACCGUGGCCAUCGAGUGGUUGAAUCAUGAAAACGGGGAGCUGAGUUGGUACUCCGCCUCCGAGCGAAAUCUGGUGCUGACCCGCACAGACCUGGAUUGGCUUUUGAAACUGACCACCGGCCAAGAAGUCUCACCAGAAGACGUGGAGCGGCGGAAUAGGACCAUGAAGGUUGGCUCUGACCAUGCGUGCUUUGGCUUUUGCGGUGACCGGGGCUACGCUGCUCGCAGCUUCGGUGCCGGUACCCCUUGGACCAGCGCGCAGGUGGACUAUUGCUAUGAUAUCGCGCUAGCUCCGAGUGCUCGCACCGCAGUGAUGUGCGCCAUCAAUCAGAUUAAGGGAAAGGUGCCAGGCAUCCGAUUCGUGAACGUUGGCUAUUAUGGCCGGGGUUCGUGCAACUCGAACCCUGCGAUCUUCGUCCAAUCUAGCGCUGCAGGCUGUUUUGCAGAUAUCGGCAUGAUGAGUGGUGUCCGGAGCAUCUUCGGCAACCAGCAGCUCAACCUGCAAACCCCCGGCUGCAAUGACUGCGGUACCGCCACACACGAGAUGCUGCACGCGAUGGGCAUGGCGCAUGAGCAAUCGCGACCCGACCGGGAUCGCUAUGUGACCAUCGUUUGGCACAACAUCCAGCGGGGGAUGUCAAACCAAUUCUCAGUGAUGUCCGGAGCAGACACGAGUCAGCCAUAUGACAUCGGGUCCAUCAUGCACUACGAUUCCCAUGCCUUCAGCGGGAACGGUCAGCCGACCAUCGUCGCCAAGGGAUCUGCCUAUAGUGCCGCGGCCCGCGGCUUUGGGAACUAUGCACGCGUGAGAUUGGGGCAAAGAACCAGCAUGAGCGUCGCGGACGCCAAUCAACUCAAGGCUUUGUACAACUGUAGACCACCUUCCUUCACUUACUGUGACCCUGUCAGUUCUGGAUUGUCGUCAGUCCCGCUCCUCCUGGGUGGUGGGGCAGUGGCAGCCGCCGGAGUCGCUGGUUUCUUCGUGCUGCGCAGCCGCCAGCCGGAAUACUCGAGCACUCUGCAGAGGGCUCCUGCAUACUGAGCGCGGGAGGCGCCCGUCCGAAGUCGACUGCACAGCGACUUUGUCAUCCUCCGGCUUACUGUAAUUUAAAUCAAUUAAAGCUCUAUAGCAUGCUCAAAGCAUGCUUUAGCCAUACCAGAGCUUGGUAAGAAGAGUUCUAGCACACA